UGGAAACAGUUCACUUCCUGAUUCUUGAAAAUUAAUACGUCAACAAAUGACAAUUUUACCACCAUUUCAAGUUUGAUUAAAUUUUGGAAAAAUGUGUUUGUUUGAAUUUGGCUCCUCUAAAAGUAAACGUAUAUAUACUGGACAAGAAGUGCUGAAUUUUAUCGUGAAUGACUGAUUAUCAAAAGUGAAUUUGGUUCGAACAUGUAUGACGGGAAUUCGGAUGCUUACAGUGAAAAGACAGUUUCCAAUCUGUCAUCUAUACCUACUACACCUGUCCAGGUAAAAACUUCAGAUUCCUCCGACGCAGCAGAUCAUGAAAUUCCUGUCCCCAAGAGGCAACGACGGCAUGCAUGGGUAUGAGGCCUUGGUCACCAAUGAGUCAAUGUUCGUGGACAGUAGGAUGACACUAAAAAUUAAUCUGACUGACAUUCAUAUGUGCUUCAUGCAAUCCCAUUGAGUGUUACCAUUCACACAAAAAAACAUCAAACAAGCCAGAUUGUGUAUAUUUUGUAAUUAUUAGUCAAAAAGGAUUAAAAAAAAAUGGUGUCAGACUGUGUGAUUGGAAAAGGGUAUUAAUCACACUUUGUGUUGUGAAUAAAUGUUUGUAGAUUUUUUAGAUGUUCAUUUGUAUAUUGACUUCCGCUUCCGGUCUGAUAAGGUGGACAAAAAUGAAAGCUGAUUAACAUUAUUAUUAAUCAAGUGUAAUCUUGGAUUAUAAUGUGAAAUAUAUUAAAUUACCUUUGCAGAAAUGUGUUUUGUGGACUUAUCUUACAUUUGGGCUGCUUAAUUUUGUUACUGUAUGUGAAAUGGCGGAUGAUCAGGAUUCUGCAAAAACGUGCAAGGAUUGCACUCAAGCUUUGGGAAACAAACUUAAGGGCUUACAGUGUAGUUUCUGUGAAAAUUAUUACUGUCAAAAGUGCACCAAAUUGAAAACAACCUUGUUUAAUGACAUUUCAAAGGAGGAAAGUGUCUUGUUCUCCUGUGUACAUUGCAGGAUUGCAAUGCCGGCCAUGAGGAAAAUGAUGGCGAAAAUUAUCUCGUUUGAACAGAGGAUUGAAAAAUUAGAAGAGUCAAUGGUUUCUUGUGACAAGGAUAUGGUCAGAAAUGUGAUUCUUGAGGAAAAAGAGGAAGAGCUGGAGAGAGAUAGAAGGAGGUUGAAUGUUGUUAUUUAUUCCUUACCGGAAAGCACAAAUCCUAGCAUUGAACAACGAAAAGAAGAGGAUAUCAGGGAAGUAGACUUUAUUAUUAACAAUACAUUAAACUUGAAUGUGACUGUUGACAAUGUAUUUAGGUUGGGUAAACUCGUGCCAAAUAAUGCACGGCCUAGACCGGUACGCUUUACAGUUAAGGACUUUCCAGCUAAGAGGAAUGUCUUGAACGCUGCAAGUAAAUUGAAAAAUCAUGAAAAAUACUCUCGUAUUUAUCUGACAAAUGAUCUCACCCCUGUUCAGAGGAAGGCUGCUUUCGAGCUGCGCGAGGAAAAGAGGCGUAGAGAGAGAGGAGGCGAAGUUGGCUUAGCCAUUCGUAAGGGAAGAAUAGUUAAACUACCACCUUACAAGGCUGGUGUAGGAGACCACGACUAUAUUCCAGCUAGAGAUAAGGCUGGUGUAGGAGAUCACGACUAUAUUCCAGCUAGAGAUAGGAACUCUCCACCCAGUAGGAGGGGUUCUUUUCACCAGUGACACUCAGUCAAACUCUUCUACAUGUAUAUAUGUUAACAGUUCAAGUUUUGACAGUUCGCUAUUAUCAGAUAGUUCAUUUUCUUUAAAUUCUAUUGACACUGAAGAAAGUUUGAACACUAGUUCUACCAAUAUUUUUUCUGAAAGUUAUUUAUCAGAAGAAAAAUCCUCGGUCGCAGAAAGCUUGAACACUAGUUCUACAAGUAUUUAUUCUGAAAGUUCAUUGUCAGAAGAGAAAUCCUCAUGUAAUUUGAAAAUUUAUUAUACAAAUGCAGAUAAUUUGUUAAACAAAAUUGACGAGCUUGAAAUAUUAGUUUCAAUAAAAAUGAUUGACGUUAUCAUUGUAACUGAAGUAUUCCCAAAAAAUAUAAAAGCUAUGAACAUUGACUCUAGAGAGUAUUCUUUGAAGGGUUAUCAGUGUUUUAGUGCUAAAGUUCAAGAAAACAGCCGUGGGGUAGUUAUUUAUGUUAAAGAGACUAUAGUUGCAGAUUAUUGUGACAUUUUGUGUGAAGCUGACUUUUCGGAGUCUGUUUGGUGUGAAUUGAGACUUGCAAAUGCUAAAAAACUUUUAAUAGGGGGAAUAUACAAAUCUCCUUCAAGUAAUUUGGUAAAUCAGAGGAAUUUGAAUUUUCUUUUAUCACAAGCAUGUAGUUUAACUUUUGACCAUCUGGUGAUUCUGGGUGACUUUAAUUUCCCGGAAAUAGACUGGUCCACAUGGACAGUACACAGAAAUGAAACACAUCCUGCUUUCUCUUUUGUCGAAUGCCUCAGGGAUAACUUUCUUAAUCAACAUGUACAGGGUGUUACAAGGUAUAGACAGGGUCAAGACCCUAGUUGUUUAGACUUAUUACUAACUGAUAACCAGACUGAAGUUGAAAACUUAACUUUGAGUAGCAAACUCGGCGCAAGUGAUCACAUAUCAAUAAUCUGUGAAAUUCCAUGUGUAGUAAACAAGGACAGGAAACCAGUAAAUAAAGUAAACUUCUUUAAGGGUGAUUAUGUUAAAAUUAAAAACUACCUAAGUAGGGUAAACUGGAAGGAGAUGGCGGAUAUGAAUGUUGAAGAUUCUUGGUCCUUUCUAUUGCGGCAUAUGGAUUUCUGUGUUGAGAAUUUUAUUCCAGAGUGUAAUACUAAGAGGGGAUGUAAAAAACCAAAAUGGAUGGACUAUUACUGUGUGAGAAAGGUCAAGAAAAAGUAUCAUGCAUGGAAGCGUUACACCUACAGCCGUAGUUAUAGGGACUAUCAAUCAUACUGUAAAAUAAGAAAUAGUACAACUAAAGCUAUUCGGUUCUCUAAAAGGAAAUACCAAAAAGGUGUAGCAGAAAGUUCAAAAACAAGUCAAAAAUCGUUUUGGAGUUUUGUAAAAGGGGAGACAAAUACCAGGAGUGGGAUUGGUGAUCUAAGAGAUAAGAACGGUAAUAUUGCUACUGAAAUUAAAGACAAAGCUAACAUUUUAAAUGAUUUCUUUGCAUCAGUAUUCACGAGGGAAGAUAACUCAGAAAUUCCUAAUUUUGAGGAUAAGUUGGAAAAAGAAAAUUUCAUCUCGGACAUUAUUUUAUCACCCCAGUUGGUGUUAAAACAUUUAAAAGCUCUAAAUGCUUCUAAAGCGUGUGGUCCAGAUAACUGCCAUCCUUUCUUUUUAAAGCAAUGUGCUGAAGAAAUAUACAUACCGUUGAGCGAAAUAUUUCAGAAGUCGGUUACCACCGGGAUCCUACCAUGUGAUUGGAAACUAGCAAAUGUAACAUGCAUUUUUAAAAAAGGAGACAAAACAGACCCAGGAAAUUACCGCCCCGUGUCAUUGACUUCUGUGAUUUGUAAACUGCUUGAGAAAAUAAUUCGGCUUGUUAUAGUUGAACAUUUGUCACGUCAUAAACUUCUGUCAGACUGUCAGUAUGGCUUUCGUAAGAACAGAAACACUAUUAUCCAACUACUGUCAGUAUUGGAGGAUUGGACUGAAGCAGUUGACAAUAAUAUUCAAGUUGAUACAAUAUACCUUGACUUUAGAAAAGCUUUUGAUAGUGUACCUCACCGUAGACUUCUCAAGAAAGUAAAUGCAUAUGGUAUUUCUGGACAAAUUUUGAACUGGCUUGAGAACUUUUUAAAUGGACGCAAACAAAGAGUAGUUGUUGAUGGUCAAAAAUCUGAGUGGAAUCCAGUUUUGUCAGGAAUUCCCCAGGGCUCCAUACUUGGGCCGAUUCUUUUCAUAAUUUUCGUGAACGAUAUACCGGAUGUAGUUGGAUGCCUCUGUAAAAUGUUUGCAGAUGACUGUAAAAUCUAUAAAAAUAUUCUUUCCGCAACUGAUCAACAACAGCUUCAGGAAGAUAUUGACCGUUUAUGUCAGUGGAGUAAGGACUGGUUACUGAAAUUUAAUAUUAAGAAAUGUAAAAUUGUGUCAUUUGGUAAUGAAAAAUUUUACAAUGACUAUAACAUGAUAGAUGAGAAUGGAAAUGUUCACAAACUUGCAAGGGAUUUUUCUGAAAAAGACCUGGGUGUGCUCUUCACAAAUAAUUUGAAUUUUGAAACCCACAUUAAUAUUACAGUCAACAAAGUAAACAAAAUCAUUGGGCUUAUUAGAAGGAAAUUCACCUUCAUGGACAAAUCCUUGUUCUUAACAUUGUACAAGUCUCUUGUUCGUUCCCACUUGGACUAUGGAAAUUUAAUAUACUUCCCAUACACGAAGAAGUGUAAGCAAGUUCUGGAGAAUGCGCAACGUAGAGCCACAAGACUAAUACCUGAAUUUCGUGGACUUUCCUAUCAAGAACGAUUGAAAGAACUGAAUCUCCCAACAUUGGACUACCGUAGAAAAAGAUUUGACAUGAUACAAGUUUUCAAAAUUAUUCACGAAGUUGAUGACAUCAAUGCAAGUGUAUUUUUCAAUUUUGCGGACAAUAGUGGAACAAGAGGUCACUGUUUGAAGCUUGCAAUGCCUAAAGCUCACAAGUCUAUUCGAUUAAAUUCUUUUGGACAUCGUACUAUAUCCAUUUGGAACGGCCUUCCACAUAAUAUUGUUACAUGCAGCACCGUGAACAGUUUUAAA